CACGGGGACUGACGGAAAGCGAAGACGUAAUGGAGUGAUCCUUGGUGUUCUUGCAAUGGUCAUCCUAUCAAUAUAUUUUGGUAAAUUCCACAACCGGGAGUUGCUAUGAAGGCUGGGGCCUCGUCCAUGUGGGCUUCAUGCUGCGGACUGCUGAAUGAAGUGAUGGGGACCGGGGCGGUGCGCGGACAGCAGCCCGGCUUCGGGGCGGGCGCCGGACCCUUCCGCUUCGCCCCCAGCGCCGGCUACUCCACCUACCCGCCCGCCAGCUCAGGGAGCCCCUGCCUCGUAUGCAAGGCCUGCGGCCAGGCCUUCUCCGUCUUCAGGAGGAAGCACAUCUGCUGCGACUGCAAGAAGAACUUCUGCUCCCUGUGCUCAGUGCUGGCGGAGAACCUGCGCAGGUGCGCCACCUGCCACCUGCUGAAGGGCACGGCCUUCCAGCGGCCGCAGCUGAUGCGCCUGCGCGUCAAGGACCUGCGGCAGUACCUGCUGCUGCGCAACAUCCCCACCGACACCUGCCGCGAGAAGCAGGACCUGGUGGACCUGGUGCUCUGCCACCAGGGGGCGGACGGCGAGGAGGACCCCGACGCGGCCAGCCUGCACUCCCGCCCCCGCUCCCGCUUCACCCCGCCCCCCUCCACCGUGCGCUCCGCCUCCGAGCAGUCCGCGCUCUCCGCCUCUCAGGGAGAACCCUUCAGCAGGAGCGAAAGCUCAGGGACCACCCUCCAGGAUCAAGGCGAUGCCACGUCUCUCUCCCUCUUGAACCUGGAGACUCAUGAAAACACGCCAGAGGCCAGCCCGUUGACCCGGAAGCGGGCCCGCGCCUCCCUGUCGGACAUCGCCAGCUUAGAAGACAUCGAGAACCUGUCCGUCAGGCAGCUGAAGGAGGUCCUCGCCCGCAACUUCGUCAACUAUUCGGGCUGCUGCGAGAAGUGGGAGCUGGUGGAGCGCGUGAGCAGGCUGUUCAGAGAGAACGAGCAGAACAGGAAAUCCAUGGAAAAUGUGAGCAACAGUAUAACUGCAGUGGUUGCCUAUCCCCCUCCUAUCUGCAAUGGUGGACUCGGAGACGGCGAGAGGCUGCCGCUGACCAACAGCGAGGACAACCUGUGCCGGAUCUGCAUGGACGCGGUGAUCGACUGCGUGCUGCUGGAGUGCGGUCACAUGGUCACCUGCACCAAGUGCGGCAAGCGGAUGAGCGAGUGCCCCAUCUGCAGGCAGUACGUGGUGCGCGCCGUGCACGUCUUCAAGUCCUAACGCCGCCGCCAACGCCCCGGCUCCUCCUCCGCUCCUCCGCUCCUCCGCUCCUCCUCUCCUCUGCUCCUCCGCUCCUCCUCUCCUCCACUUCUCUGCUCCUCAUCUCUCCAGUCUGGACAGUCACGGGCCAUACUGUGAAGCCGCCCUUUUUUUUUUCUUUUUUUCUUUUCUUUUUUAUGAACUCACAGCUCCAGAGUGUAUUUUUGAAUUUAUUUUACAAAAUUAUUUUUUCAUCUUGCAUCAGCUCAUGUCAUCUACAUUUAUAUUCUGAUAACGUGAUGCUCAAAGGGAUUUUGAUUUUUUUAAAAUAAUGAUUUCUUACAUUUUGUUUUUUAUGCAACGGUUUUUUUUUUGUGAGUACCACCAUGUACUGCUUAAUGGGAACAAGAAAUCUCUGUGCUUGUAAACACUACAUGCAGCAGGGCCUUUGCUCCAAACUACAUUCCACAUUUUUUGCAUAACUGCAUUCCACUGCAAUUUAUUUCUGACUUCUGACUUGUUUCCAGUUAUCACCGACGUGUUCUUUUGACACGUCAACUUUAAUUUGAAUGUGGGCUGUACAAUCAUAUGCGCAAUGAUUAAACAAAAAAAAAAGAUGAAGAAAAAAGUGAUUUAAUCCUUGCUGUCUGAGGAACUGCAUCACCACUAAAAAAAAUAAUUGUAGCAUUUGUAGAG